UGUACUGGCUUUGUUUUCAUGUUGUUUGUGGAAGAGAGCUUCAACACAAUGGGAAAGAAUGGGAGCGGCCGAGUCAUCUCAUGGACCCUCCCAUCAACAAGAGUCAGUUCGAAGAUUAUCAUAGAGAGCGAGCUUCAAGUGGGUUAGCACAUAAUAAUUCGUUUGCAAGUCCUGCGAUCUCAUCAGACUACAUUCGUCAUUGGGCUGACUAUGAAACAGUGUAUGGGGAAUAUUAUGGUACUCGAGCCAAGAUAAAUCUCUGGGCUCAUCCAGAUUUAACACGUUCUCAAACAAGUUCGACUGUACUGUGGGUUCUCAACUUUGAUGAUGCCCCUAAUGUCAUAGAAGUAGGAUUUCAUUUAGGGUAUCAUCAAUUGAAGGCAAAAUCUGAGGAUGUUUACAAGACAGUAUUUAGGAUGCAAUACGGGCAUUAUAACUUCACAAUGAUGCCAUACAGAUUUACGAAUGCCGCAGCUGUUGGAUAUGAUGAACAGAGUGUUUAA